AUGACCGACCAUUUGGGUUUUUUCACCGGAGUUGAUUCCAGUGAAGAAUCUCCCGUUCGGCAGCAUUUGCGUACGCCCAAGUGUGCCCGGUGUCGGAACCACGGUGUGAUAUCGUGCCUUCGGGGUCACAAGAAAAUGUGUCGGUGGCGCGAGUGUCGCUGUCAGAGUUGCCUUCUGGUAGUGCAACGUCAAAGGAUUAUGGCCGCUCAGGUUGCUCUGCGGAGACAGCAACAACAACAGCACCAUUCGUGCGGGGCAACUACUGGCACCAGUGAGACCGGUUGUGAGCCGAACGGCGCCAAAUUGUUCAACAUGGAGGAUUUGAUGCUUCAGAAGCAAAUCUACAAUCAGCAACUGAAGGGGGUACAGCGAUCCAAGAUGGCCAGUAGGAAUAUGUUGUACGAUUCUCGCAAAUAUGCUCCCUUCUUUGAAUCUCCACUGACGGAACGGAUCCGUAAGCGACGAGCCUUCGCCGACAGCCGCCUGAUGAGUGCACCGAUUCUAGUGCCCGUUCCCGGUUCACCAGCAACGGCGCUGCCAAACUACCCAAGUCCCGGUCUACCAGUAAUGUCGGAUUCUAUGAUGGCUCCGUUGAAACCACUGAUUCUACCGCCACUGGAAUUCGUCCGGAAUUGUUUGCGACUGCCCGAGAUGUCAUGCGAGGAGAAAAGAACACAACUGGCAAUUGAGGUUCCCACAAAACCAAAACUGUCAUUCUCGAUAGAAUCGAUCAUAGGAGUGAAAUGAAUUGAAUCUUUCUUUCCAAUAAUUAUUCAAAUUAUUGUUAUGCACUGUCUUCUUAAACGAUAGUUUUAAUGUACAUAGUUCUUUGUUCUGUUAAGUUAAAUAAACUCAGAAAAUAUAUUUUCAAA